AUGGUGCGCACAUCUCAUAGGCAACUCCUGAUCACAAGUCUUAACCAAUCGAUCCAGAAUGAACUCACAAGCAAAGUAUUUGAAUAUAUGUUCGGUGAAGACAGCGACGACUCAUCAUCAUCGGACACUGAUUCAGAUAUAGUCAAUGAUGAUUUCGAGGAUGAAGAGAUGUCGAUGCUAGACGUGGAAGCGAAAAUACACGCAGUGAUGGCAAUUCAAGGAAGGCGGUAUCUAGGACCUCGUCAAAAGAUUGAAAAGGCCCCGGAUAUGCACGAUUUUAUUCUCAAUCGAAUGCAAGAUAAUCGGUUCAAACAGUUUUUCAGAAUGACUCGUGCCUCUUUCCUCAAGCUAUGCGCCCAGGUCGAAGACAAUCCAAUAUUCCACAACAACUCUAAUCACCCACAACGUCCAGUUAUCGAACAGAUGAUGGUUACCCUCAACCGUUUGGGGUGCUAUGGCAAUGGGGUUGCGAUUGGAAUGCUUGCGACGUGUUACCGUAUUGGCGAUGGUACGGUGGAGCUAUACACAAACCGAUGUAUAUUGGCGAUUCUAUCCCUCCGUUCACAACUUCUCACAUGGCCAGAGCCGGCCGCACGCGAAGAGAUCAAGUCGGAAUUUGAAGAGGUUGGCUUUGAUGGAUGUGUUGGAUUGAUUGAUGGCACACUAGUGAUACUUUCUACUUGCCCGGAAAAGGACGGUCCUGAUUACUACAAUCGAAAAGGAUUCUAUAGUGUAGUAACUCUUUUGGUUUGCAACAACAAGAAGAACAUUACCUAUCUCUAUACGGGGUGGCCGGGAUGUUCCCAUGACAUGCGACUCAUGUCUAACUGUGCACUGACGAAACAUCCGGGCGACUUUUUCUCCAACGGCGAGUACCUUUUGGCCGACUCCGCCUUUACGCCUACAAGGACCACGGUCCCAGCUUUCAAGCGAAAGAAGAACCAAAAUCUCACUGAUGAGCAGCAUGACUUCAACCGACACCUCUCGGGCGUGCGUGUGGGGAUCGAAAACUGCAUUGGCCUCUUGAAGAACCGAUUUAAGAGCCUCAAGGGAUUGCGGUUGCGAGUAUCAAGCAAGGAGGAUAUGGUGCGAGUGACUGCUUGGAUAAUGGCAUGUGCAGUGCUCCAUAAUUUCCUCAACCAGGGAGGCGACUUCAACUUUGACAUUACAGAAGAAGACAACGACGAAGAUGGGGCAGAACGAGGUGAAGCGUGCCAACCUGGAUCAGCCGCAGGAUUACAAAAGAGACUGGAUGUCGUAGCUGGGGCUCUUGCCUUCCGCGAGGCAGGAGGCUCUUACUAA